AAAAGCGAAAACGCAUUGUACGUAGAAAAGCGAGGGAAUUCCUUCAGAGCAGAGCUCUCACACUGAACGCCUGAACAGCGAACUCCACUUCCCUCUCAAUCUGCAUGUCCUUUCUUCUUCUUCGCAUUUCCUUCCCCCAUUUUCAAUCCUCCACUCUCCGCCUUAGCCAUGGCGUCCAAGGGCAAGGGGAUUGCCAAAGACACCUCCGCCGGUAAACGGAAGCUUCGCGAUGACACCGAUAGCUCCGCUGCUCGCAAGAGGAGGGACCGCAGCGUACUCCAGUUCUUCGAAGAUGUUUCUCCCGAACUCGGUGCCUAUAGCGACGACAGUGAUUUUCUUGAUGAUUUCAUGGAGGAAGAGUUUGAGCCAGUACCGGCAUUUAAGAAUGAUGAUUCAAAAGCUCAAAAUAUCCCAUUUUUCCCCAAAGAAGAGGAAAUGAAUGAAGAAGAAUUUGAUAGAAUGAUGGAGGAACAUUACACUCGAGGUCCUGGACUUGGUGCAUUUGCAGAAGAAAAUUAUGAAAACAAAAUUUCCACUGGAAGAAACCCUCCUCAGCAAUCUGCCAGGGAUAAUAUCUCUCUGUGGAAGGUUAAAUGCAUGGUUGGGCAUGAGCGGCAAUCAGUUUUUUGUCUCAUGCAGAAAUUUGUUGAUUUGCACUCGUUUGGUACCAAGUUACAGAUAAAAUCUGCAUUUUGUGUGGAGCAUAUAAAAGGUUUUAUUUACAUAGAAGCUCCAAGGCAGUAUGAUUUAAUUGAGGCAUGUAAAGGCAUAAAUGGAAUAUAUUCUACCCGUAUAGCUUCUGUUCCUGAAAAUGACAUCUCUCAGUUGCUUACUGUUCAAAGUAGAGUCAGUGAAGUUGCUGUGGGUACAAUGGCCCGUGUAAAAAAUGGAAAAUACAAGGGAGACCUUGCUCAGAUUGUUGCUGUCAACAAUGCACGCAAGAGAGCAACAGUGAAGCUGAUUCCGAGAAUUGAUCUUCAAUCUAUGGCUGAAAAAUUUGGUGGAGGAGUCGUCGCUAAAAAAGCUACCAAUCCUGCACCACGAUUGAUCAACUCUAGCGAACUUGAGGAAUUUCGACCACUCAUGCAAUUUAGGCGUGACCGUGAAACGGGGAAGCUUUUUGAAUUUUUUGAUGGGAUGAUGCUCAAGGAUGGAUAUCUAUACAAAAAAGUAUCUUUAGAUUCAUUAAACUGCUGGGGUGUGAUGCCAUCUGAAGAUGAGCUCUUAAAGUUCAAGCCUCCUGAGAGCAACGAAGCUAAUGAUCUUGAGUGGCUUUCUCAACUUUAUGGUGAAAAGAAGAAAAAGAAGAUUAUUAGGACUGAAAAGGGGGGUGGAAAAGGAGAGGGCUCAUCAGGGUCUAGUUCCAUGAUCAGCUUUGGAGAUCAUGAUCUUGUUUGUUUUGGCCGGAAAGAUUUUGGGAUGAUAUUAGGGACGGAAAAAGAUGAUAGUUACAAGAUUUUGAAGGAUGGCCCUGAUGGAUCUGUUGUGGUGAAUGUGCAACGGAAAGAGUUGAAAAGUGGGCCUUUAGAUGCUAAAUUUACUUCUGUUGAUCUCAAUGGAAAGAUCAUCUCUGUUUCAGACAAUGUCAAGGUUUUGGAAGGUUCAUUGAAGGAUAAGCAAGGGAUUGUUAAGCAUGUAUACAGGCACACGGUGUUUGUAUAUGAUGAGAAUGAGGUGGACAACGAUGGUUAUUUCUGCUGCAAAUCUAACUUGUGUGCGAAAAUCAAGAUUUCUUAUGAUGCACCUAGUGGAAAGGAGGAUGACAAGGGUUUCUCUGGUUUUGAGGAUUUCUCCUCUUCGCCCAAAUCACCUCUAUCCCCUCAAAAGCCAUGGGCAGAGAAGGAAGGCCGUGAGUACAACCGUGAUGAUAGAGGAGAUGGAAUGUUCUCCAUUGGUCAAACCUUGAGAAUACGUGUUGGUCCUUUAAAGGGAUACCUAUGUCGUGUUAUAGCUGUGCAUAAAAGAGAUGUUACAGUGAAGCUUGAUUCCCAACAGAAGGUUCUUACAGUCAGAUCUGAUCUUCUUGCGGAGGUACAUAGAAAGAGCUCUGCCGUGUCUGUUAGUGAGGAUCCUGAAUUUUCUUCUCUAAAACCAUUUGAUAUACUGGGAAAUGAAGGCAGCUCCCAAGAUUGGAUGGGUGGUACGGGGUCAUCUGCAGCUGCUGAUGGCUGGAAUUCUGCCGGGCCUUCUUCAGAAAGAAGCCCUUGGCCCAGUUUCCCCGAGUCUGGUACCUUGAAUUGUCCUGGGUCCAGUUCCACGAAUCCUUUUGGUUCUGAAAAUCUUGAUGCUAAAAAAGAUGUUGAAGACUCUCCUUGGGUUAGCAAGUCGACUGCAGAAGCAAACACUUCCUGGGGUGCUGCAAAUUCGAGUGUUGAUACUGCUAAUGAUGAUCAAGCCUGUGGAUGGGGUAAGAGCGAGUCAUGGGACAAAGCUACUGCUAAAACUAUUUCAGAUGGUAACGUUUCUGGUGCCUGGGGCAAAUCAGUAGUACCUAGUGGAGAUUCUGCUGGCGACAAGUGGGACAAAGGGAAGCAUGUAACUUCUGAUAAUCAGACUGGAAAGUGGGGCGGCGGAACCUCUGGAAAGAAUGAACUCAGUGCAUGGAGCAGAGAUAAAGAUUCAGAAUCUGGGGGGUGGAAAAAGAAUCCAAGUGUUAGUGUUGGUGAUAACAAUACUCCAGCAGAAACCUCAGCUGAUAAGUGGGGCAGCAAAAAUAGAUCAAAUGGAAGCUGGGGUGACCAGAAUGUAUCAACCACUGUCUCUGAGAUUCAGACAGCUGGCAAAGACAAUGUAGGUGGCUGGACCAAACCAGGAGCAGAAAGUAAGAUCAAUCCAAGUGGUUGGAAUGAAGACACUUCAAUGAAGGGAGGUCAAACAUCAAACUGGGGCAACCGGGACGAGGCAGGUGGUUGGGGUAAGCCAAUGAAUGUGGGUGAUGGUGGCAAUUCUGCUUGGAAUAAAUCUACCGCUUGUGGAGAUGGAAAUGACAGUUGGAAAAAAUCUAAUGAAUCAGAACGUGAGGGUGGAAAUAGAAGUUGGAAUGCAUCCAAGUCAUCCGAUGGGGAUUCAGCUAUUUGGAAAGAGAAAUCUGAUUCCUCAAGUUUGACAGCUUCCAAAGGAGAUCAGUGGGGGGGAGGUUGGAAUAAGCAGCACAGUUCCAAUGAGACGAAAGCUUCUGAGGACAAUUCACCAUGGAACAAGAAAUCUGUUGAAAGUGGAAAAGAUAACGAGCUGGAAAAUCAAGGCAGUGGUUGGAAUGUUGGAAAAACUUCUGGAGAUUCUGCAUCUGGGUGGGGUCAGACCAGCAGGGAAGCCGGCUCAAGUGACCAAGGGAGUAGCUGGGGUUCUAAUUGGAAAAAAAAAUCUGAUACUGGAAAUGAGGAUUCUAGUUCGGCUAAGAAAAGCAACUGGAGUUCUGGUAGUGGCAAUUCUAACUGGGGCGAGAAAAGUAACUGGAACUCAGGAAAUGAAUUUAAUGCUAAUCAUUCCAACGAUGGUGCUGAAGCUCAGACUGAAGUUUCCAAUGAUUGGAGAGGAGAAAGUAGUGAUAGAGGAGGCUUUAGAGGUAGAGGUUCUUUCAGAGGAAGGGGUGAAAGGGGUCGGUUUGGUGGUAGAGGCAGAUCUGAUAGAGGUGGAUUUGGCAGAGGUGGAUCAGACAGAGGAGGAUUUGGAGGCAGAGGCCGUGGGAGAUGGAACAGUGAAGGUGGUUCAAAUGAUGGGGACAAUAAAGGGUGGAGUAGUGGUGGUGGUGACUGGGAGAAGUCUAGUUCAGAUCGAGGUGGAUUUGGUGGCAGAGGCCGUGGAAGAUGGAACAGAGAAAGUGGUUCAAAUGAUGGUGAGAAUAGAGGGUGGAGUAGUGGUGGUGGUGACAGGGAGAGAUCUGGAUCAGACAGAGGUGGUUUUAGAGGCCGAGGUCGUGGAAGAUGGAACCAGGAAGGCGGUUCACGUGAUGGUGACAAUGGAGGAGGGUGGAGUGGUGGUAGAGGCGGAUAUGGAGGCAGAGGCCGUGGAAGAUGGAAUCAAGAAGGUGGUUCAAAUGAUGGUGGUGACAGUGUAGGGUGGGGUGGUGGUGGUAACUGGGGGAAGUCUGGAUCAGACAGAGGGGGAUUUGGAGGCGGAGGCUCUGGAAAAUGGAGCCAAGAAGGUGGUUCAAAUAAUAGUGACUAUGGAGGAUGGAGUGGAGGUGGUGGAGGAAGCUGGGGGAAGUCUGGAUCAGAUAGAGGCGGAUUUGGAGGCCGAGGCCGUGGAAGAAGGAAUCAAGAUGGUGGUUUAAAAGAUGAUGACAAUGUGGAUAAACCUGCAAGCUGGAGCACAGGUUCAGGUAACAAUGGAGGGUGGGGCAGUGGUGGUGGCACUGCAGGGUCCUGGAAUGGAGGAGGCGAUGACAAGAACCAGCAGCAGAGUUGGAAGUCGAGCAAUGAUGCUGGUGAGGGAUCAGGUUGGAAGGCACCAAGUGGGAAUGAGAACAUUAAUUGGAAAGCAUCUGGUUCUUCUGGUGUGGAUGAUAAUUCCGGCUGGAAUAAAUCAACUGCUUGCAAGGAGAUUGAAGAGAGUGGUGAUCAGAAGAAUAGCAGGGGCAAAGCAGCAAAGGCGGAUAUUCAUAUUCAAGGCGGAGGCUGGCAGAAGUCAGCAUCUGGUUGGAAUGAAGGAAUUGAUAAUCAAGCAUCGAAGAAGGAUGUGAAUGCAGUUGCUAGCGAUGGAGGUUGGAAUGAUCAAAGUGAAAAUCAGGCCAAAAAUUGGAAAUCUUCUGAGGCUUCUGGUGAGGGUCAAAGUUCUGCCUGGAAGCCAUCGACCUCGACCACGGACAAGGAAGCUGACAGUAGCCAGAAGGGCAACUGGAACAAAGAAGCCAAUGCAGGUGCCCAAGGAGGAGGAGGGGGUUGGGACAAGCCUACAUCCAGUAACGACGCUGCAGGUUGGGGAAAAUCGAGUUCUGCAGAUGAUGGGAAAUCGUCGUCUGGUUGGGGUCGGUGAUUGAUGCUCACUCGAGUUCAUUCAAUGUGUGGAGUGGAAAGAAGGUGUUUUUUAAGACAUUAACACGUUGACAAGUCAUCUUUCUCUCGAUUGGAGAUUUCCAUCUGCUGUUCGAAAGAUGAUACCUCUCCUCGAUUCCGAACCUCUAAUCUUUAAAUUGAAGAACAACGGUGGAGCAGAAUGGCAGCGGAUCUUUCACUCGUUGUGGGAGGGAGACAUCAUCCACAUUUCCACAUGCUGCGGUUCCAAAGAUUCCAUUUUGUCAAAUAUUUCCACCGACAGACAGACAACCCAUGUUUCGACAACGUUGAUGUUUUACUGAUGGAGUUUGUGUACAGAACUAAAAUAGUAAGCAGAGUUAGAACGACCAUGUUAACAACUGAAAGAGAUGGUGGCAGUGCACUGUUCACACCGCCCCCGCCGAAUAUCAUCCCGAAGUAGUCACCACCGCCAUCGCUGCCACUGGACCCGGAAUUGGAAAAGCUCUCGUCUCCAGGGGGACAACUUUACCCUUCUAAUCGAGCUCAUAUUACCGAAUAGAGUUGAACGUUGAGAUUUUGGUGUGUUUGGAAAAGCAAAAGGUAUUGCUUGCUUGCCCAAUGGAGAGGUGGACAGAACAGACAAAAGACAA